AAGCACCAUCAACUGGACAAAAUUGUAUCAACCAACCAACACGCGCUCCAUCACAAGCUCGUAAAGAACUGUAGCAUCCCCCCCUAACCCACUACAAAAAACCACCGUAGAACCUUUUAGCCAUGUCAGGACAAACAGAGACCUUCGGCUUCCAAGCUGAAAUCACUCAACUCCUUGACCUUAUCAUUAACACCUUCUACUCCAACAAAGAAAUCUUUCUUCGUGAAUUGAUUUCCAACUCGUCCGAUGCCCUUGACAAAAUCCGAUAUGCUUCCCUCACCGACCCUUCCCAGCUUGACAGCGAGAAGGAGUUCUUUGUGCGCAUCACCCCCGACAAGGAAAACAAAACCUUGACCAUUCAAGACUCUGGAAUUGGUAUGACUAAGGCCGACCUCGUGAACAACUUGGGUACCAUUGCCAAGUCCGGCACCAAGGCUUUCAUGGAGGCCCUGUCCAGCGGUGCUGACAUCAGCAUGAUUGGUCAAUUUGGUGUCGGUUUCUACUCUGCCUACCUCGUGGCCGACCGGGUUACUGUCAUCACCAAGCACAACGAUGAUGAGCAAUACAUCUGGGAAUCUGCUGCUGGUGGUACCUUCACCAUCACCCCUGACCCUGCCGGUCCUACUCUUGGCCGAGGAACUCGCAUGAUCCUUCACCUCAAGGAAGAUCAAUUGGAAUACAUCGAGGAGAAGCGCAUCAAAGACAUUGUCAAGAAGCACUCCGAAUUCAUCUCAUACCCCAUCCAGCUUGUCGUCACCACCGAGGAAGAGAAGGAGGUCGAUGAUGAUGAAGCUGACGAGGAGAUCAAGACUGAGGACGACGACUCCAAGGAAGCCAAGGUCGAGGAACUCGACGAAGACUCGGAGAAGAAGAAAAAGACCAAGAAAAUCACCGAAAAGAGCACCAAACAAGAAGAGCUUAACAAGACUAAGCCCAUCUGGACGCGUAACCCUCAAGACAUUCCCCAGGACGAAUACGCCUCCUUCUACAAGUCGCUCACCAAUGACUGGGAAGACCAUCUCGCCGUCAAGCACUUCUCUGUUGAGGGACAACUGGAAUUCAAGGCCAUUCUGUUCGUCCCCAAGCGUGCACCCUUCGAUCUCUUCGAAAGCAAAAAGAAACGCAACAACAUCAAGUUGUAUGUCCGCCGGGUUUUCAUCAUGGAUGACUGUGAAGAUCUUAUUCCCGAAUACCUAAACUUUGUCAAAGGUAUUGUUGAUUCGGAAGAUCUCCCCCUCAACAUUUCUCGAGAAACUCUUCAACAGAACAAGAUCCUCAAAGUUAUCCGCAAGAACUUGGUCAAGAAGGUUCUUGACAUGUUCACCGAGAUCUCUGAGGACAAGGACAACUUCAACAAGUUCUACGAAGCUUUCGGCAAGAACCUCAAGCUCGGUAUCCACGAAGAUCAGCAAAACCGAUCCAAGUUGGCUGAAUUCUUGCGAUUCCACUCGACCAAGAGCACCGAUGAAUUGACCAGCUUCAAAGAUUACAUUACCCGAAUGCCCGAAAUCCAGAAAAACAUCUACUACCUCACCGGUGAAUCCCUCAGUGCCGUCCGAGACUCACCCUUCCUCGAAGUCUUCAAGAAGAAGUCUUUCGAAGUCUUGCUCAUGGUUGACCCCAUCGACGAAUAUGCCGUCACUCAACUGAAAGAGUUUGAAGGCAAGAAGUUGGUGUGUGUCUCCAAGGAGGGCCUCGAGCUUGAGGAAUCCGAGGAAGAGAAGAAGGCUCACGAAGAAGAGUCCAAGGCUUACGAAAACCUCUGCAAGGUCAUGAAGGAGAACCUUGGCGACAAGGUGGAGAAGGUUCAGGUUUCCAACCGAAUCAACCAAUCCCCCUGUGUGCUUGUGACCGGUCAAUUCGGCUGGAGUUCCAACAUGGAACGAAUCAUGAAGGCUCAAGCUCUGCGUGACUCGGGGAUGUCGAGUUACAUGAUGAGCAAAAAGACUCUCGAGAUCAACCCUCAGAACCCGAUCAUUCGGGAGCUCAAGAACAAAGUCCAAGAAGAUUCCUCUGACAAGACUGUCCGUGACCUGAGUGUCUUGUUGUUCGAGACUGCCCUCUUGACUUCGGGAUUCACGCUUGAUGCUCCUCAGCAUUUCGCCGAGCGUAUCCACCGAAUGGUAUCUCUUGGACUUUCCAUUGAUGUCCAGGAGGAGCCCGAAGCCUCCACCUCUGGCGCCAACGCCGACGCAGAGGUCCCACCCCUAGAAGCCACUGCUGCCUCUGCCAUGGAAGAGGUCGACUGAUCGCCCAACUCUAGCCGAAGCUGUCAACUCGUCUCAGCCCCUCUCCUCUUUCAAAAAAAAAAAAAAAACUAGCUCGAUCAUAAUUUUAUUAAGUUUACCUUUGAUGUCUUUUUCUUCUUUCUACGAACAAGUUUAAUGUUUAUGAAUCAUGAUUGUCUUUGCACGUACUGUCAAAACCGUUACGGAUUUAAUGUGAAGAUGAAAGAUUGUAAAAUAGAAAAAAAAAAUUAAUCGGUCGAUAUCAAGUUGAAGAAACCUCUUGUAAAUAGCUUUCAGUUACCAAACAAAGCUGUUGUCGUCCAUGUUGUAGUCUCGUUCACUUGUUUAAGAGGCUUCCAUUUGUUUGAUUUGUUCUUUUUUUUUUGGUUUUUCUUAUACCAUGGUAAAUACAAGUUUGAUUUCGAAGAUUCAUGAACUCGUUGGGCGUCCAACAAAUUACUUGGGAGCAGUGUGUGGCUUUUGGUUGGCAGCAGUGCGG